GCGCACUGAUAGAUGAAGGACGAUGGUAGGGUGACGGUAUAUAGAGGAGAACAGGACGGAGAUGGUCAGCACGCUUGCUCGUUGAUCGAACUCGUCUCGUCCUCGCAACUCCUCGUCCUCCACUGUAUCAUCCUCUUCCAUUAUCAUCUCGUGCGCCAUGUUCCCUCGCGUCUCUCAGACAUUCACGCUCCUUUUGAUCUCUGCAACUCUCGUUUGCGGAUCACCAGCACCAGCACCCAUUGAUCCUACUCUCGCACAAAUUAUCGCAGAAAACAAGAACACGGGCUGCACGGCACCAGGUGGAUGUGCAGCGAACAGCUCAAAUUCUACAGAGAGCCUCGCCACGUCUGCGGCUGUCUCAUUGACCACAUCGCCAGGCUCAUCGAGCGCAUUGGCUGCAGCUCUUGCGAUUGCGGGCGGGCUUUCUAUCACGGCUCUUCUAUAAAGGACCCUUCACUGUUGAUACCCGGGACGGACAACCAUCAUGAACGGUUAUGUCAAUACCACACGAUGUAAAAAGU